AUGUCAACAUCUCAGACAGCCGUCACUCAAUACGUGGACGCAGCAAAUGGAGUCCGUUUCGCAUAUCGACGCAUUGGCGAGAGGGACGGUGUUCCCUUGGUCAUGCACAUGCACUAUCGCGGCAACAUGGACCUGUGGGAUCCUCUGCUUGUCAACACACUGGCCGCAUCCAGAACCGUGAUCAUAUUCGACAAUGCCGGCAUUGGCCGCAGCUCUGGCGAGGUCCCACGAACAUUUCAAGCGUGGGCAGAGGACUUGCUCUGCUUUGUCGAAGCUCUCGGACUCCCCAAAUUUGACCUAUUGGGUUUCUCCAUGGGUGGCUACUGCGUCCAAAUGGCGGCACUGACGGCGCCACAUCUCGUCCGCAAGUUGAUCCUCAGUGGCACGGGCUCAUGGAUACCCUCCGCGGAUCAUGUGGCCGGGGUGGUCUGGCCACGGGAGGAUCCUUCAGCCGAAGCAUUGAGGGUGCUUGAAGAGGCAGAAACACGGGAACAGGGUCUCAAAGCGUUGGAAUUUUCCUUAUUCCCCGACAACGAUCCAGGGCGCAGCGCUUUUAAGCAGUAUUGGGAAAGGGUGCAAGAGAGGACGGCGGAGCCUCUCAGCCUCGAUCUUCUGGAUCGACAUGGUAGUGCAGCGCAGAGACAGUUGGAGACCGCGAUGGACCUGUUCACGAAAAGCCCUCGAACUGUCUUCGACCGGCUAGGUGAACUCAAGAUGCCCGUUCUCGUGGCCAACGGCGAUAAUGAUAUCGUGAUUCCCACGAGUCAAAGCUGGGAGCUCUGA